AUGGCUCCUGAACACCCCCAACCUUUCCCCGUCGCAACAAACCGCGAUGCCAUCGCAAACACUCUUUCACUCCUCCUCGCCUCCAGGACGUCCAUAGGAAAAUCUAUGCCUCUUACUCGUGAUUUACCGCGCAAGAGACGCACUCUACCUGACGACAACGAUGACGAUAUCACCCGUGGUGCACGACCAAACGAAGGAUUAGGCUAUGUUCCUGAGAAGAAAGACGUUCAAAAGUUUGCAAACUCAAAAGAGGAGAGAAUUCUAAGGGGCAGAUUAAACAGAGAUUCCAAGGGCAAUCUCAAGAAGAAGGCUGAGGAGAGUGAGAGUGAGGAUGAAGCUGGACGAAGUGCACUAGGCAAAAGAAAGAGGCCUCGGAAGGAGAAGAAGGUUGAACCGGAGCCUGAAUCUGAGAAUCUGACUGCUCCUGUUACGCCUGAGGAAAAGGAGAAGUCCGAGAACGGGGGAGAGGCCGAGGUGGAUGUGGAUAUGAGAGACGAUGCAGCACAGGGUGAACCUAGCUUGGGCGAUGGGCACAAAGAAAAGAAGCGAAAGAAGAAGAACAAGAAGAAGAACAAGAAGCAAAAGACAGCACCUGCGGUAGCACAGGCAGAGGCAUAA